AAGUUACACGAAGUUGCAAUUUGAAGCGGGGCGUGCUGUCGUGGAUUACAUAUCAAGUAAAAAGAGGUCUUUGAGAACAAAAUUGUUCUAUCUACAAAUCCUCCGCUCCGGCUGGCUUUCUUGCCUUGUAGUUGCGUAAGCUCGUAUAUGCGCUAUUCCUUCGCUACAUCGGUGCAUUAUGUUGAGUUGGAAUGCUGUGCAGUAUCGCCAACAUUUGUCAGCUUGCUGCCCCUUCAUCAUUGGUGCUGAAUCAGGUAGAACUCUCAAGGCAGGGACAAGGGAAUGAUAUAUUUAAAAGGAGACCAGAAGUCCGUGAUGCCAGGUCCAUCUUGCGCCCCAUCGUCUACUAGAUCUUUCAUCAUCAGCUAAGACUUAAAUCAAUUCACAAGCUCUCUAGCCUACAACCAAUUUUCCGAUAACUCGAUACACUUUCAUCUAAAUGGAAGAAAUGGAGGCGAUCAAAGUGUUGGGAGUUCACGGGCCCAACGCUGGCAAAGUUAUUCUCCUCUGUGAGGAGCUAGGACUGCCAUAUGAUACCGAAUUGAUCCCACUUACCGACGUCAAGAAUCCCAAGUACGUCGCCAUCAACCCGAACGGGCGGCUACCGUCUAUCCAGGACCCAAACACAAACCUCACGCUGUGGGAAUCGGGCGCUAUUAUCGAGUACUUGACAGAGAAAUACGACAACGACCAUAAGCUAAGCUUCGUGCCGGGCACAGUUGAGGCGUACCACGCUCGUCAAUGGCUCUUCUAUCAGACCACUGGCCAGGGACCAUACUACGGGCAGGCGAUGUGGUUUAUUAUAUAUCAGCCGCUUCCUGAGGCGCGUGAGCGCUACGUUAAGGAGGUUAACCGCGUAACAGGAGUACUGGAGGGACACCUGGCAAAGCAGAAGCCUGACGCGGACGGAAACUCCUGGUUCGUAGGUGGCCGCCUCUCCUACGUGGACAUCGCCUUCUUUACGUGGCAGCACACAGCCGAGCCGCGAAUUCCGAACGAGGAGUUCAACCAGGAUGACUACCCGCAUGUCAAGAAGUGGCUUGACAACAUGCUUGCGCGCCCGAGUGUGAAAAAGCUCUUGAAGCUCCAAGAAGCCAAAUAGGCUGUGGCAAGGGAGAGGGGGUCUCUGUCUUACACAGUCGAGUCACUGCUUUGAGGUGGGUGGAGAUGAAGACAGAGCAUAUUGAAGCAAGAUGAUGAAUACAUAUUCUUGCCUUGUGCGCCUCCUGCCUGAUCUCGUGUGUUAUUAUAUCCCAUCAGGGGCACAGGUUGGACCUCAAAAAGGUCUCCCAGGUC